CUGCCUGCAACAGAUUUUCGAGGGCCAUUCGGACUCGGUUCACUCAGUGGCUUUCUCGCCCGACGGCCAGGUGCUAGCGUCUGGCUCCUCGGAUCACACAGUGCGGCUCUGGGACACGGCGACGGGCUGCCUGCAACAGAUUUUCGAGGGCCAUUCGGACUCGGUUCAC